UCGACGCCGAAUUUGUGGUUAUUUAGCAUAUUUUUUUCCGAACAAUGAUAUUAACAAAUAUAGAUGGUUUUUACCGCUAGAAUGGAAAUGACAUUGUUCAAGGAUGGGAGGCUAGUUGACGUUGCUAACUAGAUGAUGGACACUCGCACCUGCUAGCCAACGGAGCCGUUUAUCUCGCUAGCUUGGUAGGCAAGCUUUACUAAGUAUUGUGUCAACGACGAAUGUUAGAAGUGAACCGAUAUUCGGUGUUAGCUUGGAACUAGCUAGCUAACUAUGUUAGUGAACCACUGAACUAGGAUGUAGCUGGUCUGGGUGUAUAUGUAAAACGAUAAUUUACUAGCUUGCUAGGAUAGCUGCAUUGAUUGCGUUACAUGCUGCACUGUUGUCAGAAGUUAUACGCAAGGCACCUGUCUUGACAGCGCUGUCCCCUUGUGUUGAUCAAUGAAUUGUUAACUACACCAGAGUUAGUUAGCCCAUUCAUGUCAAAUGAAUAGAUAAUAUACAGAUGUGUAGACUACAUGCACACACACACACCUGUCCUAGCUACUGCAAUGAGGGAAGAUAUGAUGCCUGCUGUGUGAGAGGGCUAUAAAUAGACCGUCAGUGAGGAGAGACAGUGUGCUUCUGUGUCACACCUGCCAGUCUGCUGAGGAAGGUGAGGACACACCGCUGCUCCUUGCUGCUGGUACUGCUGCUUGCUUCAGACAGUCAUGCACUAGGUCACUGCAGACAGUCAUGCACUAGGUCACCAGGAUGUGUUUAUUUUUUUACACGUGCUCUUGGGGAUAGUUGAAUAUGUUUUUCUAGUUUUGAGCUGGUCGCUCUCGUUAGUGCAGGAUGAUUGUCUGUGAGAUGAUAAUUUGCUAUGAACAUAGCCAUGAUGACAAUGUUUCAUUGGAUGCAGUGAACUCAUUGAUGAGACAGAUUCCUGUAGCUACUGUACCUGGAGUUGUACAUGGAGUUGCAGAGUUACACCCUGCCCAGGGCUCCCCCAGGGGCUUGUUGUCACAACGACAACAUUCCUAAGCACAGCCUCAUCUGGCCUGGCUGCCCUCCUUGAUCCCUCCACCUCACCCCUCCCUCCACCUCAUCCCUCUCUCCACCUCAUCCCUCUCUCCACCUCAUCCCUCUCUCCACCUCAUCCCUCUCUCCACCUCAUCCCUCUCUCCACCUCAUCCCUCUCUCCACCUCAUCCCUCUCUCCACCUCAUCCCUCCCUCCACCUCAUCCCUCUCUCCACCUCCACCUCCUCACCACACCCCCUCACAUAGGGCUGGGUGACAUGGCCUAAAAAUAAUAUCUAGAUUUUUUUUUUCCCAGACAGGAUUCCGGAUAAUAUACACUACCUGACCAUAUGUCCGAUUGUCUUUGACCAAACCUCAAAUGAAUAUAGCGAGUUGAAACCGCUUGUCAGAGAGGAAGAAGUGAUCUCUCAUCUUUGUUGUGAGUGGCAGGAGGCGUGGCUUGGUGUGUGUGUAAAUGGGAAGGUGCACAGCACAGAAGGAGCGAAGGAGACGAGACCAAAAAGAUAUGAAAACAAGCAGACAUAAUCACAUUUUUAAUUCAACUUGAUUGUUGUGCUACAGGCAUUUGGAACAUCGUGCUAAAACAUGAAUUUGAUAUAUCGCCCAGCCCUUACCUCACCCCCCCACCUCAGCCCCUCUCUUCACCUCCCUCCCUCCAACUCACCCCCUCUCCUCUCCUCACCCCCUCUCCUUUCCUCACCCCCUCUCCUCACCCCCUCUCCUCACAUCACCCCCCUUUCCCAGUGAAGUGCUGCCUGUAUGCCAUCCAGGGAUAGGCUAGUGGUGAUGUCCUCUAAAUAAUUCAUGUCUGGAAGAAAGUGAAAGACCCAGAGCUGGGAGGGAGCAAUGGGCCUGUCAGUGACAGAGAGAGAGAGAGGUAGUGAGGGGUGAGGAAGAGAAAAAUUGCAACAAACCCUGGAAGUGAGAGGCUAAACUGUCUGCCCAGAAGGAAGGGAACCCCGCCCCAACCAGGUUGGUCUAAGCCUGAGGCACAGGUUAGCUGUCUGUGUGUUAGGCUAGGCUAUUCCAUUUACUCCCUCUACCCGGGUUGAUCCGAACAGCCGAGGGAGCAUCCGAUGGUUGAGGGUAGCUGAUUGAUUGGAGUGAAGCCUCACAUUGUGUCCUUUUGAUGGCAUCAUCAUCAUCCAAUGUGGAGGAAGAGCAUUAUUCUUUGUUACACACAUCCUCAUGUGGAUUCAUGUGAGAGCUGACUCACACACACAGAGAGAGAGAGAGAGCCAUCAGCCUGUGUAAGAAAAGCAGUGCCAGCCCAAAACUGUGUCAUAAGAAUUUCUGGCAAAGGCCAGAGCUAUCAUAAACUCAAUAAGAGUGUCCGCCUCUAGCUAGUUGAUUAACAGAGCUGUGUUAACGAGGAAUUGUUUUCCUGGAAGAAGCCUCCUACCCUCGAGGAACACGGCUUCCCUCUGGGGCUCAGACUGCAGAUGCUUCAGCUGCGAGGUCCAGAGCCGCUUGGAUCGUCCCCUGCCCAGAGAACCACCCAGCCCCAUAGAGAACCACCACCCCGCCUGCCCUAACAGCCUCCACACGGGGCCAAGCCGAGGAGCACCAUGGAGGAGGUAGAGGACAUUAGCCCUGCCCUGGAGGCCACUGAGGACUUCCUACACUGCCUGGACGGAGGUGGAGGCCAGGGAGGGGAGGGGGUCCGGCAGCCCAGGCAGCACCACCCCAAGCUGCAGGAGAUGUCUGUAGCCCUGGGGAAGCUGAGCUCUAGCGGGGUGUGGGGCCUGCUGGCUGGGGAGCAGGGGACCGAGGUAUCCCCGCAUAACGUGGCCUGGGCUGACCAGCCCUCGGCCUUCAGCGUGCUGGCUCUGAGGCAGGGGAAAAGGAGCCGUGCUCGUUCCACUAAUGACCUGGCCGCCCACACCAAGGACACCAACAACACCUCCUCUAACGCCGCCUUUAACAAAGGCCACAACCGCUCGCGGUCUGAUGUUAAUUACCGGCCGUCCUACAUGGACAACGCUAACGGCCUGCCUGCUGUGGACAAGAAUACGCUGAAGAACAUGGCUCUCAACGACCAUAGAGAAGAAGGCCGUAAGGACAGCAGCGGUAGUGUGGUGAAACAGGGUACCCUGGAGCAUCGUGAGGGUCAGAAGGGUCGUUGGAGCGUCUGUCACGUAGAGCUGACCCCAUGUGAGCUGCGCGUCUACAGCCUGGACAGCAGCGGUAACCGUCAGCUCUGCACUGCCUACUCCCUGUCCCACUGCCAGGGGGUCAGCCAGUCCCAGCCGCCCCAGGACGGGCGAGUCCUCCAGGCCCUCUUCUUCAACAGCUCCACCCGCCUGCAGUUACGUGCCGCCUGCCAGUGGGAGGUGCUAGACUGGAGGAGGCUGAUCUGGGAGAGAGUACUGGCUGCCCAGCCCGCCCACAAAAAUGCAGAGUGUCCUUCUGUUACCUCUGGAGGUCACGACACCAGACCAGAUCCCCGUGGUCCUGCUGAGGCUGCCCUGGCCCCUGGUUGCUCUCAUCUCCUCCCAGCCCGGCCCACGGCCCUGCCCCUGUUCACCCACUGCUGUACGGAUGUCCUCAAGGCUGGGAUCCUCCACCAGCUGACUGACCAGAACAACUGGAGGGCCUUCACCUUCGUACUGAGUCGCUCCACGCUGCAGGCCUUUCCCACCGAGGGCCGGGGGCCCGUGUCUGAGCCCGUCCUCCACUACCCGCUGGCCUCCUGCCUGGCCGUGCAAAGGGACGAGGCCGAAGGGGUGAGCGCUGGCUGCUUCCAAGGCGUCUUCCCCAGCGAGGUGCUCCGUCUGCGGGCUGAGAGCCAACUCAAAGCCCAGGACUGGGUGGAGGCCCUGCAGAUGGCCGUGGCAGCCCAGAGGCCCCAGGGUGAGGAGGGACAGGGUUCCGGCCAGGCCCAGCCGGGUACAGUGUCGACGGGGAUUCUGCUGAGGAGCAAGCCCUCCAGGGAGAGGAGGCAGAGGGACACCCAGAGGGCCAAGAGACAGUCAGUCACCACCAGCUUCCUCAGUAUCCUCACCUGCCUGGCUGUGGAGAAGGGCCUGACCACCCAGAGCUUCCGGUGUGCAGGGUGUCAGAAGCCAGUAGGGUUGUCGCAGGGCAAGGCCAAGGUGUGUUGCUACAGUGGCUGGUACUACUGCCAGAGCUGUCACCAAGACAACCUGUUCCUCAUCCCUGCCCGCCUGCUGCACAACUGGGACACCGACAGACACAAGGUGUCCAAGCAGGCCAAGGAGUUCCUGGAGUUUGUUUAUGAGGAGCCGCUGCUGGAUGUGCAGCAGUUGAACCCGUGUCUGUAUGAACACUGUGAGGGCCUGGCUGCAGUCCUACGCCUGAGACAGCAGCUCCAGUCCCUCAGAGCAUACCUGUUCAGCUGCCGUGCUGCCGUGGCCGAGGACCUCCGGAGAAGGAUCUUCCCCAGAGAUUACCUACUGCAACAUAUCCACCUGUACUCACUGGCUGACCUGCAACAGGUGAUAGAUGGGACGCUGGCCCCCUUCCUCUCCAAGGUGAUUCAGUUUGCCAGUUCCCAUGUCUACAGCUGCAGACAGUGCAGAGAGAAGGGCUUCAUCUGUGAGAUGUGUCAGAACGGACAGGUCAUCUACCCCUUCCAGGAGAGUGCUACUAAGAGAUGUGAUGUCUGCGGAGCGGUGUUCCAUACAGAGUGUCGUCAGAAGGCCCAGCCAUGUCCACGCUGUGUCCGCAGGGAGCUCCACCACACGAGACCCUCGUCCUUCUGGAGCCCUAACGACGAUACACCAGGCUGCUUCACAAUGCCCUACCAGGACACCUGAUCACACACAGAGAGAGAAACAGCGGACCCACUCCACAGAGCUGCUCUUACCAAAGUGUGUGUGUGUGUGUGUGUGUGUGUGUGUGUGUGUGUGUGUGAGGGAGAGAGUCGGCCAGGAUAAACAGUAACAGAAGUGUUGAUGACUAAGCAAGGAUCAUGCUCCCUGACACACCUGCUUUUUGAUCUGACAUCACUCUCUCCUGGGAGAGAUGGACACUAACGCAAGACCCACUGGAGAGGAACUACUCUGCUUUCUGCAAUAGAAACACUCUUUUCAUGCCACUUUAAACAGCUAUGACCGGAAGCAGGGGUUGGAACCAAAAUUAUUUUUCAAUCAUUUCGUUCUGAACAGAACCAUUUGUUUUUUAAAUUUCAUUCCACUGUUCUGCUCUGCAAAAUAAAGUUCCAAAAAGUA